GAGGGACGCGCGGCGGCGGGGUGCGGCUCUCCGCCGGCCCGCUCCCGCGCCCGACGCCAGUGCGGAAUGUGCCAGCGAACGGAACGGUCGUUUCGUUGGAGCGUAGCGCUAACGCUCCCGGUUUUCCAUUAAAAUGUGUAUAAGGAUAAGUGCAGUGAAUCCGCACGAGUUCGGAACGGUUACGAAAAUCGCCGUCAUCGAGAUCAGGAGUAGAAAUCAACGAAGAACUUCACCGAGGAAGUGGGGACGAUGAGGGAACAGGAAGGCGACGGCCCAGAGAGCCGUUAGCCGGACUCGAUGGACGAGUAUGGCGGGCCGGCGGCGCCGCCCCGGCCGCCCAAGCCGGCGGCGCGCGUGCACCGAGCGGGCGCGGCAGGCGGCGGGGGCGCGGGUGCGGGCGGCGCGCGCCAGCCCGCCGUGUCGCUGCUGCGGCCGCGGCCCGAGGCCGAGCGCGAGCGCAACGCGUACGUGGAGGCCCCGCGCCGCGCGCCCCCCGCGCCGCCCCACCGACACGCGGCGUCGCAGCCGCUCAAGCCGGUGACCGCUCAGCCAGCCGCCGACAAGAGGCGAACGCCGCUCGCGACGGACUCGAUCGUGUGCGAGACCUGCGGCCGCUGCCGCUGCGAGCAGUGCGCGCGGCCGCGUCCGCUGCCCUCGCGCUGGCUGUGCGGCUCGUGCCUGUGCAGCGCGGAGGCAUGCGUCGACUACGCGUCGUGCAUGUGCUGCGCGAAGGCGCUAUUCUACCACUGCGGGAGCGGCGAGGAGGAGGCUAGCGAGCCGUGCGCGUGCGGGCCGCGGCUGGCGUGCGUAGCGGCGCUGGCGGUGCCGCUGCCGUGCCUGUGGCUGUACUGGCCGCUGCGCGGGUGCGCGGCGGCGGGUGCGACCGCAUACGCGCGCUGCCGCCGCGCCGGCUGCCGCUGCCCCGAGCCGCCGCCGCUCUCCAGUAUUAUCUAGUCCCGCCGCGCGCCCGCGUUGUACAAAUAUUUAUUGGCGAGCGGAGAGCUCCGGACCGCGCGGGGGUGGACUCAGUGAUCGCUGUGCCUGGUCCGAGUGAGUGGUGACGGCGCGGGGCCGGCGCGGACGAGCGCCCCGCGCCGCUGAGUGAUCGUCUCUUGUAAAUAUAGUCGUAUAGUGUGAAUGUACGUGAACGUGUCGCCCGAACGCCGAAAGUCUCAAAUUUUCUUGAGACCGAAACGUGUCAUAAGAAAACGCUAACAUUAGUAUUUUGGAUUCCACACAAAUCCAGAGAAGAUUAAGAAAUGAGAUAUAAAGCAUACUUAUUAAGAUGUAGAUAAUUUACCAUUUAUUUAUUAACUGAAUUUGUAUUUAUUUGUAAAUAAAACGACAACAUUAUAUUAUAAAUACGAAUG